AAGGUUUUCCUCUUCUCUGUUUCUCUCUCCAUUUGAUUUCGCACUCUUUGCUUCUUCAGAGGCUCUAGAAUUUGGUUGUUGCAUGUGUUCCCCUCAAGUUGAUUCUAUGAUCAUAAAGUUCAUCUCUUUUAAUAUAGUUUGUGUUCUUGGUCUCCGCAGAGGAUUUUAAUAUUAUUAUUUCUAAAGAUAAAUAAGCAUUUGUUGAGGUUUGAGAAAGCUGGAGAUGGCUCAAGAAGGUCGAAACAUCAUCGAUGAGCAGGUUGUUGUUGGAGAGGAGAAAGGUUCGGUGAGAUUGGCCACGCUAAACCGCCCUCGUCAGCUAAAUGUCAUCUCUUCUGAAGUGGUGCUCAAGCUUGCAGAAUUUCUUGAAACCUGGGAGAAGGACGACAAAACAAAGCUUAUACUGAUCAAGGGUGCAGGGAGAGCUUUCUCAGCCGGUGGUGAUCUAAAGAUGUUUUAUGACGGCCGUGAAUCAAAGGAUUCUUGCCUUGAGGUUGUUUACCGGAUGUACUGGCUUUGCUAUCACAUCCACUCAUACAAGAAAACUCAGGUUUCUCUAGUUAAUGGAAUAUCAAUGGGUGGAGGUGCAUCAUUGAUGGUCCCAAUGAAGUUCUCUGUUGUGACAGAGAAAACUGUAUUUGCAACUCCAGAAGCAAGUAUUGGGUUUCAUACUGAUUGUGGCUUCUCCUACAUCCAUUCACGUCUUCCUGGUCAUUUAGGAGAAUUCUUGGCUUUAACUGGGGCGAGAUUGAAUGGCAAAGAACUUGUAGCAAUUGGAAUGGCAACACAUUUUGUUCCUUCUGCUAAACUGGCUGAUCUGGAGGCACGGCUUGUGAGUUUAGACUCUGGAGACGUGGAUGUAGUCCGUUCCACAAUUGAAGAGUUCUCCGAGAAAGUAGACCUCGACAAAGACAGCAUCCUUAACAAGCAGACAAUAAUUGAUGAGUGUUUCUCAAAAGAAAGUGUGAAGCAGAUCAUACAAGCAUUUGAAGCUGAAGGGAGCAAAGAGGGAAAUGAGUGGAUAACACCAGUCAUCAAAGGUCUAAAACGAUCAUCUCCCACAGGGUUGAAAAUAACUCUACGAUCGAUUCGUGAAGGUAGGAAACAAACACUGAGUGAUUGCCUCAAGAAGGAGUUUAGGAUCACCAUUAAUAUCUUGAGGAGCACCAUAUCCCCUGACGUGUAUGAGGGUAUAAGAGCUCUGACCAUAGACAAAGACAGUUCUCCCAAGUGGAGUCCAGCGACGUUAGAUGAGGUGGCUGAGGAGAAGAUCAACUUAGUAUUUGAGCCACUGGAGGAUGAUAUUGAGCUUCAUAUCCCUGAAACCGAAGAAAACAGGUGGGGAGGCAAAUACGAGACUUCAGGUUUUGCAUGAGAGUACAAGAAUAGAAGAGAAGAGAGGAUACUGUAUGUUGGUUUUGUGAUUACAUAAUGUGUUGUUGCUACAUGUUCAAACACUCUAUGCAGUGAUAUGGUUUAAUAAGGGUUGUUAUGUCUGAAUUGUUUCCUGUAUUCUUGGUUGUUAUUAGUGUCUAAAAUAACAUGUAAUCCUAAAGACUAAAUAUGUCAACCCCAAACGUCUAAAUCUGAAAAUGAGUUGUCAACAAAACU